AUGUCUGGCGGAAUUGAAAGAAAAGCAACUUUUAAAGUUGAUUACCUUAAGGAAAUAGAAGAACAAGUUCAAAAACAAUGGGAUGAAAAAAAAAUUUUCGAAAUUAAUGCUCCCACUGAAAAUGAAGAAAUUCCCCAAAAGUUUCUCACAACUUUUCCUUUUCCAUACAUGAAUGGACGGUUACAUUUAGGGCACACAUUUACUCUGUCAAAAUGUGAGUUUGCAGUAAGAUUUCACAGGCUUAAAGGCAAAAAAGUAUUAUUUCCUUUUGGAUUUCAUUGUACUGGAAUGCCAAUUAAAGCCUGUGCAGAUAAAUUAAAAAGAGAAUUAGAAGAAUUUGGCUAUCCACCUGAUUUUCCCAAAUCGGAGGAGCCUGUUUUAGAUGAAGUAUCAGAUGCUCCAAAGGAUAAAAGUAAAGGAAAAAAGAGCAAAGCAAUGGCCAAAUCUGUUGGGGCUAAAUAUCAAUGGCAAAUUAUGCAAUCAUUAGGUUUAUCAGAUGAUGAAAUCAAAAAUUUUGCAGAAGCUGAAUAUUGGUUAGAUUAUUUUCCCGAGUUGGCUGUAAAGGAUCUAAAGAGAAUCGGACUUCAUGUUGAUUGGAGACGAACAUUCAUAACUACAGAUGCAAAUCCUUUUUUUGACUCAUUCGUUCGAUGGUCUUUAAUAAAAUUAAAAAACCAAAAUAGGGUUAUGUUUGGAAAAAGAUAUACAAUUUUUUCACCUAAAGAUAAUCAACCAUGCAUGGAUCAUGAUCGAAGUAAGGGAGAAGGAGCAGGUCCUCAGGAAUAUACUUUAAUUAAAAUGAAAGUAACUUCGGUGCUACCUCCUAAACUAGAAAUGUUCAAAAAUAAACCUGUUUUUUUGGUGGCAGCAACAUUAAGACCGGAAACAAUGUAUGGGCAAACAAAUUGUUGGGUUAGACCCGAUAUGAAAUAUAUAGCUUUCGAAACGGAACAAAAGGAAAUUUUUAUAUGUACACAUCGUGCUGCUAGAAACAUGUCUUAUCAAGGCAUCACUCAGCAAGAAGGGAAUGUUAAAAUAUUAGCAGAAAUUUUAGGAGAAGAUAUACUUGGACUCGCUCUUUCAGCUCCCCUUAGUGUUAAUAAAACAAUAUACACUCUUCCAAUGCUUACCAUUAAAGAAGAUAAAGGGACAGGAGUUGUGACGUCUGUUCCAUCAGAUUCACCUGAUGAUUAUGCAGCUCUUGUAGAUCUCAAAAAAAAACCAGCGUUGAGAGAAAAAUACAACAUCAAAGAUGAAAUGGUUAUGAAUUAUGAUCCGGUUCCAAUUAUCGAAAUUCCCGAAUUCGGUUCACUCUGCGCUCCUACAGUGUAUGAAAAACUUAAAAUACAAUCGCAAAACGAUAGGGAAAAAUUACAAGAAGCCAAGGAAUUGGUGUACCUGAAGGGUUUUUACGAUGGUGUUAUGCUCGUCGGAGAAUACAAGGGUGAAAAAGUUCAAAAUGUAAAAAAAUUACUUCAAAAACAAUUGGUAGACAAGAAGGAAGGUUUAAUUUAUUACGAACCUGAAAAAACUAUUAUUUCAAGAUCUGGUGAUGAAUGUGUUGUUGCUUUAUGCGAUCAGUGGUAUUUGGAUUACGGUAAUCCAAAAUGGAAAGAAUUAACAGUUAAAGCUCUCGAUAAAGUAAACACUUUUCACGAAGAAGUUAGAAAAAAUUUGCUCGUCACAAUCGAUUGGUUACGAGAGCACGCAUGUUCUAGAAAAUACGGUUUAGGUUCCAAGUUACCGUGGGAUGAAAAUUGGCUCAUAGAAUCUUUAUCGGAUUCCACAAUUUAUAACGCUUAUUACACCAUCGCUCAUUUUCUCCAGGGAAAUACAUUCAAGGGUGAUAAACCGAACGUUUUUAAUAUCCAGGCAAAAGAUAUGACGCCUGAAGUUUGGGAAUAUAUAUUUGUGAAAGACGCUCCAGAGCCCAAAACGAAAAUCCCAUUAGAAUCUCUUAAAAUGUCAAAAUCCGAAGGGAAUUUUUUGACUCUGUCCGAAGCUGUCGAUAAAUUUAGCGCUGACGGUAUGAGAUUAUCAUUGGCGGAUGCGGGAGAUUCGAUAGAAGAUGCCAAUUUCGUCGAAACUAUGGCCGAUGCCGCCAUAUUACGUUUGUAUAAUUUUAUCGAAUGGGUUAAAGAAGUUUUAAAACCGGAAAGCAAUUUGAGAACGGAUUCGCUCGAAACGUUCAACGAUAAAGUUUUCAAAAGCGAAAUAAAUCUUAAAAUAAAAAAAUCGGAAAAAUUUUAUGAAAACAUGAUGUUUAAAGAAGCUUUAAAAGUUGGAUUUUUCGAAUUACAAGCCGCGAGAGACAAAUACAGAAAAUUGAGUCUCGAUGGAAUGAAUCGAAAUUUGAUUUUGAGAUUUAUAGAAGUUCAAGCUUUGUUAUUAUCACCCAUUUGUCCUCACGUCAGCGAAUUCGUUGGGUCUUUAUUAGGAAAAGUGACCAAAUGGCCCGAGUACGGAUGGAUCGAUGAGGGAGCCGUCAAAGCUUCCGAAUAUUUUAUCGAAGCCGCUCAUUCUUUACGUCUUCACUUGAAAAAUUAUAUGACUCCGAGAAAGGGGAAAAAGGGAGAAACGAGUGGUACGAUUGAAAAACCGACUCACGCUUUUAUUUGGGUCGCAAAAAGUUUGCCACCCUGGCAAUCAACGGUCGUCACGUGUUUAAAAGAAUUACACCAAAAAUCCGGCGUUUUACCAGAGAACAAAUUAGUGGCGGCGGAAUUAAAUUCGAAACCAGAAUUGAAAAAAUACGGGAAAAAAUUGAUGCCAUUCGUGCAAGCGACGAGGGAAAAAGUUGAAAAAAUCGGUUUCGCAGCCUACAACCUGACAUUGGAUUUUUCGGAAAUGGCCGCAUUAGAAGAAAAUAAAGAAUAUUUAAAACAAACAUUAGAGCUCGAAGACAUUGAAUUUUGGUACUCGGAAGAAACCGGGCCGGAAAAUCUUAGAGACGAAUGUUGUCCGGGAAAACCACACAUUGCAUUCACGAAGGGAGUCACGUUACAUUUAGACAAUCCUCAACCUCAUUCCGGUUUUUAUUCGAGAAAUCUUUUGAUUCAAGAUGGAGACACGGUUGAGUCCGUCAUAGAGAAAUUAAAAAUUACAUUUAAAACGCUCGGAGAUCAAGUCAUCAAUCAACCGAAUGACAUUCAACUGUGGAGGUAUAACGAUCAUUUAUUAGGUCCGAGAACGAUGCCGUCAUUCGGAAAAGCAACGGAUGGGAAAACUUUGGUGUCGGAAAAUUCAACUUUUCACUGUUCAUUCGAUGAUAAAAAAUUAUUUUUAGUAGAUGAAAACGGAUCUAAAAUUCCAAUCGGUAACACUUUGAUUUACGUAACGAACGAUCCACCGCCAAAACCGAAACAUUUCCCACCCGGAGAUUCAUUUUCCAAUAUAACUCAAACCGUAUAA